AUGGCCAUGUCUUUGAAAACCGAGGGUUAUACUCCUAUUGACGAUGAAGAGUCAGCGAACCUUUCGGACUCUGAGAGCAGCGAGACUCUUUUAAAAGGUCAGCACAAACGAAACAAGUCUCGGGCUCGUUCAGUUCCACACAUUCACUGCAAUGUGGCGGGCUUCGUGGCACUCGUCAUAUUGGUAAUGAUAAUCAUCUUGGCUACCAUCAAGUGCACAAUACUAUAUGAAAGAAGAGGGAGCAAUGCUCCUAGAUGGCGACCGGCAUUCUCACCAUUCUACGACAUGAUGGAUAUUCCAAUAAUAAAGAAAUAUGCCGACCAUUCACCAGCCCCCAACGCAUCAGACCCGAGACACAUAUAUCGGCUCGACCCCAGCCCAGAAGUCGAUGCAGCAUGGACACGCAUUGCCACCGCCAGCGCCAUCUACCCAGCAUCGGCUCAAGACAUAGCACGAGCCGGCAAAGAUCCAAGAUAUGCCGUCGACGCCCCAGAGUCGUGGAAUUACCCACCAGGCAAGACAAAGAUGAUGGGCAUUGAAGCCUUUCACCUGCUGCACUGUCUCAACGCCCUGCGCAAGGGUCUCAUAAUCAAUUAUGACUACUACUGGGGCGCCCACUAUGGCUUUGCCCCUCCUGCCGUGUUUGCGCGCCAUCUCAACCACUGCGUCGAUAUGCUCAGGCAGCAUCUCAUGUGCCAUGCCGACCUGGUGCCCUUUACCUUUGAUUGGCGCAUUGGCCAGACCAAGCCGUACGCCGACUUUGGAAUUCAGAAAACGUGUAUCGACUUUGACUACUUGCUCGAUUGGGUAGAGGACAACAAGGAUCCGUUGGCCGAAGAGCGUUGGAAAGCCUUGGAAAAGCCAGAGGGUGUACUGCAAAAGGAAGCUCCUCCGGACAUACCCCAGAUUACCAACAAUUCAGUGUGGAGCAAGGAUCAUACAAUGGUUCUAGAGACACUUGCGGGACUUGAAGGUAGAGAAUACUGCCUAGGUAGGUAA